UUCAUGCAGUCCCACUAUCUCCCCUGCUCUCUCCUCAGAAAUUACGAAACUUUUAUCCCCUUCUCCAGAUUCCGCUACUACUGGUCAUUAGAUACAACGGGCAAGUGGCGUGAGACCAAGUACGAGGCAGCAACAUACCCUCCGUUUGCCUGUGGCUCCGGUUAUGUGGUCAGUGGAGAUGUCGUCCAGUGGUUGGCUAAAAAUGCUGAAUAUCUAACUCAUUAUCAGGGUGAAGAUGUGUCCAUGGGAAUCUGGCUUGCAGCUGUCCAUCCAGAUAAAAUUGAUGAUGACCUCUGGUUAUGUGAGAAGAAGUGUGGACCAGGCAGCCUCAGUUUGCCAGAGCUUUCUUUUUAUGAGUUGAAUAGGACUUGGCAGAAUAAGAUGAAAUGUGGAAACCCUUGUGGCUGUGUAUGAUGACUACAUGUAGUUAGAAAAUAGGUCAUGGGUGUGGACGAGAAUGAACACAUUAUAGGCUUUAAGCCAUUGAUGAAUCAGUUUUUGCCUGUGGUUCAGGCCAGGUGGACAAGAGCUCCACAUUAGCUGGACAUUAGUCUCGUUAUGUACUCCAAUACAGUGAUUGGAGUUUAGAGAGAUGACAGGAAAGACCAUCUUGACCCUGAAUGUAUUGACAUUGCUCGGCGGAGGCUACGGAGACAAUGCCGCCGGAAGUUCAGUAUGGGAAAGACUUGUAGUCUUGCCAAUGUCUAAUAAUCCGAGAAGGUCCUCGGCGCAACCACCCAGGCAAGGAUCCCCCGACGGCGAGUUGUCGCCAAAACCGGGGAAACCUGCCGAUUUCGACUACCGCCUUGUCUGGGAUUUUGAUGUAAUAUAUAGCUGUGGUUGUUUCUUUGUGAUUGUGUUUUGUAAUCUAA